UGCUGUUGCCUUAGAUCGCUCGCUCGCUCGGUCGUGGCUGGAGCAAUCUUCGCAGUGUCGCUGUCUACGCUUCAGCAUCCGCGGCCGUCGCCAUGAACACCCGAAUCGGCCUCGAAGGCACCCAGUCGCUCCCAUUUGACUUUUCGGUCGCGGGAGAGUUGAUCUUCCAGCCGAGCCCGUCUCCGUCCGAGCUCUUUGCCCGCAACGUUGCAAAGCUCAAAUCGAGCGAGGCGGCCGCCACAACAGCCGACAAAAAGGACCAGCCCGAUCAGCCUCCCGUCCCUGUCCAUCCUCUCGAACCGAUGAAGCAUAGGAUCUUUUUGGCAAAGGAAGAAACCAAGCUGAUGCACGAUAUCGUCAGCCGGCUGCUCAUCAACACUCCCGCCGCAUCAAAGUACAGCGAUCUGCCGCCUCCUGCACAGGCGCAUCUCAAGCUCGGGCUCGUUCCGCGCAAGCUCGAGACCCCGAUCUACAAGCAGAUCGACGAUCUGCAAUAUGCUCUAGCCGCCAAAAAGGAGCAUCUCCACGACACUGCCAAACGGCUCUCCGACUCCUCCGUGCGGAUCCUGAAAGCCCUCACUCGCGAGAACCAGUUCUAUGGAGAGACUGCCCUGCGACUCCGACAAAACAGCUGGAUUCUGCAGGCGCGCGGCGAGUAUGGCGGCCGACUGCUCUUUAUCGACUAUGGCUUCAGCAACGCCGGAUCGACGUACUAUGAAAUCGGCGAGGCCGACAUCCUUCGCGAUAUCCGCACCAGCCACGGCGAAAGCCAGGACACAUCUGUGCAAGAUGUGACGGUCGUGAUGCCGCAUACGAUCGAUAAACGGCUGACGAUCCACUGGCAGCAUAGCUUGCGCAAAGAAGCAUCGACUGCCCCGCCGUUUGUUUCGAGGGACAUGUCAAGCAUGGACGACGAUGAUAUCGGCGAUGAAGCAGGAUCCCCUUGCACCACCUGCCCCGACGAAUGGAUCCAUCAAAAACUCCUCACGGGCCGUAACAGCAUCUUUGAAGCCGAGCUCUUCCAUUUGCUCUCGCGGGAUGCCGCUGGGGGACUGGGUCUGGCUCGCAACUCAGUUGUGGCCACAAACUCCAUUUCCAUCGCCAUCGACGGCGCCUCGACCGUGGAAAUCAAACUGACAAAUCAGCGAGACACCCAAGACAAUGUCAAUGACCGCUCACGGCUGUUGGAGAUCCACGCACGGCAAGCUCUUCGCAAGCUCCAUCGCACCCAGCGGGCUGUCAGCCAGCAGCACAUUAUCCCAGGCCUCAGCGGUGCAAAGCGGCAAGUGCGAUCCCACUGAUCCGGCGCUGCUCCGUGCGCUGUAUCAAGAUGUAAUAAUCUCGCGACAAACUCGGGCAUUCGGCACGCGUGGCUAACACCACAUCUUUACGCUUCGGUUUCUCUGCGAUACCACACUAUUCCUGUCGGCUGGGCUCACAUUUGCACUAGCAGCGGCAGUUCCUCGGGUGUUCUCAACCAUGUCAUCGGACAG